AUGCAGCUGUCACUCCCUCCCAUUGUCUUCCUCUUCACAAUCACCGCCCUAGCCUCCUCCUCACCGGAUGCAGGAAUCGCAACCUCUCCACCAGUCGUCGUGCCCGAGAACGUUUCGCCGCCCGUGCCCAACGUGCUGGAGGUUGCGCGUCUGGAGAAGCGAAGGGCAUGCAGCGGUCAUCGUCUGCAGAACGACGUCUGCCAGGGCAGGCUGAUAUACCAGGGUAGCUCGCGACACAACUGCUACCGCAAGGACGGCAAGUGCUGUGCCAAGAACAAGAAUCGAGACUAUGGGAUUGCGGUGACCAACAGGGCACAAAAGGGGGAAGACUGCGCAUACUGCUUCUCGGGGACGUGUAAGAUGGAGAAUCCUUAG